AUGAAGUACCUUUCCUUAGUAGCCGUCCUCUUCUUAGCCGCCGCUGCAGUCGCCAGACCUGCUCCCCAUAAUGACAAACGUGUUGCUGUACCUGAACAGGAAAAAAAGCGUAAUGCCUUACUCCACAAGCGUGCUCCUAAGCAACAGAAACGUGGCGAUGAAGAAUACUACGAUGGCGGCGACGACUAUGAAACCUACUACGGCGGCGACGACUAUGAAACCUACUACGGCGGCGACGACUAUGAAACCUACUACGGUGACGGCGAAUACUAUGACGGCGGCGACGACUAUGAAACCUACUACG